AUGAAAGGAUUCAUGCACCCUAAUGAUUGUUUCUUGUAUCGAAAGGAAUAUGCCAACGCAAUUGUGUGCCCUGAAUGCGGUGAGUCUAGGUGGAAAUAUGGUAAAGAUGCAAAUAAGAAAAAGAAAAUCUCUGCUAAAAUAAAGUGGUACUUUCCACCUAUUCCACGAUUUCAGCGGAUGUUUAGAAGUGUUGAAUGUGCUAAAAACUUAACUUGGCAUGCUAAUGAAAGAGAAAUUGACGAUAAAUUAAGGCACCCUACUGACUCUCUAGCUUGGAAGUUAGUCAACACCAUGUGGCCAAGUUUUAGUUCUGAACCUAGGAAUCUUCGUUCAACAUUGUCAGCAGAUGGAAUAAAUCCUUAUAGUGAUAUGAGCUCCAAGAACAGUUGUUGGCCAGUUGUGAUGGUGAUUUAUAAUCUUACACCAUGGUUAUGUAUGAAACGAAAGUUCAUGAUGUUAUCAAUUUUGAUUUCGGGUCCAAAGCAACCAGGAGAUGACAUUGGGAUAUACUUAGAACCAUUGAUUGAUGAUUUAAAACUUUUGUGGGAAAGUGGUGUGGAAUGUUAUGAUGCCUAUAUUGAGGAACUAUUCAACCUAAGAACAGUUCUAUUAUGGACGAUUAACGAUUUUCCAGCCUAUGGAAACCUUAGUGGAUGUAGUGUGAAAGGGUAUAAGGCAUAUCCAAUUUAUGAAGAUAACACAUCUUCAAUACGAUUGAAAUAUGGAAAAAAAAUGGCAUACCUUGGACAUCGAAAAUUUCUACCACAUAAUCAUCCUUUUCAUCGUCAAAAGAAAUCGUUUAAUGGCCAGCGACAACUUGGAAGUACACUUCUCGAUAUUUCAGGAAAAACUAAGGGCGGUUUGAAUGCUAGACGUGAUUUAGCCGAUUUGAAGAUUCGACUUGAGCUUACUCCUAUUAAUGGGGAGAAAAUUUUUUUCAUUCCCCCUGCUUGUUAUACACUUACUAAGAAAGAAAAGCGGUUUCUUUUGAAGUCGUUAUCAGAAAUGAAAGUUCUUCGGGGUUACUCAUCCAAUGUUAUGAAUCUUGUGUCAAUAGAAGAUUCAAAACUGAAUGGUCUAAAAUCUCAUGAUUGUCAUGUCCUCUUACAACAAUUGCUCCCUGUUGCCAUAAGAUCUAUGCUUCCAAAACGUGUUCGAUAUGCUAUAACUCAACUUGGUAGACCAUUGUCAAGUGGAGUUACUAGCAUACCUGAACGAGAGCUUUUAUAUCAAGCUCAUCGAUAUGUUUUGGAGAAUACCGUUGAUGUGCAACCAUAUAUAGAGAAACAUUUGAUUGCAUUGCAACAACAACACCGAAGUAGAUCAAAAAACCAGAAAUGGAUUCAAGAUGAACACAAUCGAACCUUCAUAUCUUGGUUACGAAAGAAGGUUGAAAUGGAACUUGCAACAGGAGAUGUUGAGGUUUCAGAUAACUUGCGGUGGAUUGCUCAUGGCCCUCAUCCAGUUGUUACUACUUACAGUAGUUACGCUAUUAAUGGAUGUCACUACCACACAAAGUCGCAUGACAAGAAUAAAACUGUACAAAAUAAUGGAGUUAGUUUAGUUGCAAAAACAAUGCAAGUAUGUAGCUCGAAAGAUAAAAAUCCUAUAAUUGGAGAAAUGUCCUUUUAUGGUGUAAUAGAAGAGAUUUGGGAACUUAAUUAUAAUUCAUUAAAGGUUGCCAUUUUUAAAUGUGAUUGGGUUGAAAAUAGUGGUGGUAUCAAAACUGACGAGCUUGGGUUUGUGUUAGUUGACUUAAGUAGAGUAGGGCAUAAGAACGAUUCUUUUAUAUUUGCAACCCAAGCAAAACGAGUGUUUUUUGUUGAGGAUCCAAGUGAUAGUCGGUGGUCUAUUGUUCUUACUCCACCACAAAGAGAUUUUGAGGAUCAAUAUAAUGAUGACGAACUUGGAGAUACAGUUUUAAAUUGUCAAGGAAUGCCUAAAGCUACAAUAGAUAUUGAAUCUAGACUUGAUUUAGACGAGAAUACUCCAACAUAUGUAUGA